GGAAGGAUGGGUCCCAUCCCCCCCCAACCCCUCCCUGCCUCCCAGCAGGGAGGGAAAGCCAGGCAAGGUCUGGCCGGAGGAUCUGCUUUGAUCCUCCUAUCACCAUGCCGGCCCACAUGUUAGAGUAGUGUGUGUGUCGGAGGAGGGGCGUGUGUGCAUGCUGCUGGGCAGGACUGAGCAGGGUUUAAAAGGCCCGGCGCAGCUGCACUCGGUCUCUUCUUCUUGUGUGCAUCGCCCAGAGAACAUCACCCCCCUGGACCCCCCUGGACAACGAGCAUUUAACCCCUACUAUCCCACCAACGAAUCCCAUUAACCCCUACUGCUAUCCCACCAACGAAUCCCAUCCAUUCAAACCCCUGCUAUCCCACCAACGAUCCCACUAACUCCCAUUCCCAUCAAACCCCUACUCCAUUAACCCCUACUGAUCAAACCCCUGCUAUCCCACCAACGCCCAUCAAACCCCUACUCCAUUCAAACCCCUAUUAUCCCACCAACGAUCCCUAUCCCCUGUACCCCAACUCCCUUUUGUUGGUUCAGGGAAAGUUUAGCACCAGGAAGGGCGGGAAAUUAUAUCGUGUGUGAUUGUGUAUGUGUAGUUAGAUUGUGGGUGAAUUUUGGGGAUUGUUAGUGUAAAUGAGGAUUGUUUCAUUUAGUUGUUUUAUGUUGUGUAAUUGGUAUAUCUGCAUUAGAGGUAGUUACUGUUUUUAUUGUUGAGUGUCGUAUUAAAUAUAUUGUGUUAUUUGUAACUUCUGUGGUGUGUUUGUUAUUAUGGUAAGUAGAGUAGUAAUCGCACGCAGAUAGUUAGUACAGUACAGUAUAUAGCGUACAUAGUGAAAGGCCAUUUAAGAGUAGUUCUUUAAGGAAUAAAUAGGCGGAGUUAAGUAUCGAACAUCUGCAUAAACAGCGAUAACGAAUACACCCCCUUAACAUUGGCGAGCCAGCGGCCCCUGCAUAUAGCGUUAUUUCUGCGUUCGGUUUUGAGGCUAGGGAUCGGUUAUACUGUGAUUAUCAGGCGGUAGAGACAAGGUUGAAUGUCUGCCCUGAUAAUUCGGACAGGUAACGCGAGUUAUAGUGUAGUACCAAACGUAAAUCACGCUUAAGCAGAGAAUCUAUAAUCUAUCUGUUACUAAAAAUUUUUAUUUAUUUUUGAUUACCUUUCACGGACGCGUACGCAUUGCUGAAAGGAAAAAUCACGUCACGAGAAGAGAUCCAUCGUUAUCGGAGCAGGAUAAAAGUCUAGUCUGGUAGGGAGAAAGGCGUUCCGGAAGUUAAAGGACCUUCUACAAGCAGCAAGGACAAAGGUUAGCACCGAUUGAAUGAUGACAUCUCAACCAAAAAACAGACAAGGGAGACUCUCCAUGGGACAUAAUUGCCAGGAUAGGGAUCUUCCGAACGGAAUACGUCUCCAGCUUGUGAUACUGGUGGUAAGCAUGUUGGUGGCAGGCUCGGCCUAUUCAGGGAAGGGUCUGGAAGCAAUUCAUGGUAUGACUAACAUACCACUUAAUGAACCCAGUCUUUUAAUGGUGGAGUGUUUGGGUGGCAAGAUCCUGAAACCAUACGAGAACUUUACUUUUAAACCAGGGCAGUGGUAUCUGUAUGGUUUCCAGAGAGAGGGUUUUGACAGAGGUGUAAUCCAACAUUAUACCCCUGUGGAGAAUGUGUCUGCCAUACAACAUGACUUACAUGCCCUCUGCCUCAAGGAGUUUAGACAUUUUCAGGAUUCAGAACCAAUACCUAUUAAAUCUUUUAGAUGGGUAUCUAGAGACCCGCACUUACACCCUUAUAAGAAGGUGGAAGUCAAUAAUACAACGGUGUUGUGUACCAAAGAAGGAGUUCUGAGUCCUGAAGAUGUCACUGGGGCAGAAUAUAGCGGUUGGUUUAUCCUUCAGGCUACCUUCACAAAGAGGGAUAGCUGUCAGGCUCACCGUCUGAUCCAACGAAGAAGGAGCAGGAACUUGUAGAACACGAACCCACAAGCGCCUCGCACAACACUAACCCA